UAUAUAUAUAUAGAUUUGGGUUGCGUUGUGUAAUCCAUCGUUUGCUUGAAGUAGAACAACCUCUCUGUCAUUUUCUCACUAACACACACUCUCUCUCUCUCUAGGAUUCGAUUCUCUGCAAUCAAAGCAAAGCUCUCUCUCUCUCUCUCUCUCUCUCUCACUUUCUCUCUUCCAAGCUUCUUAAAUCGAAUAGACAAUGUAACCGUCUCUUGUGCAAAAUAAUGCACCAUCAGUUUUCAAUAACUCCACAGAGGCGUGUUCAGGAGCCUUCAUUAAGUGGGCUUUGAUUAAAAAAAUAAAAAGAAAUGGAAGGAGGAGAGUCCUUUGGUUUGAUCGUUGGGAUCUCACUUGGUUUAGUGAUUGGUGUGGUCUUAGCUCUUUCGGCGCUGUGCUGCUUUAUGUUCCAUAGGAAGAGGUCCCAGAUUGCCAACAGUGCCUCCAGAAGAACCGCUACGCUUCCCAUCAGAGACAACGGUGCUGAUUCUUGCACCAUUUUGUCUGAUUCCACUCUUGCCCCUGACUCGCCUGUUAAAUCCUCCACCAAUGCGAGGUCUCUUUGGCUUGAUGGGUUUAGUAAGAAGACCAAUGUGGUCUCUGCCUCUGGCAUUUUGGAAUAUUCUUACAGGGAUUUGCAGAAAGCAACGUGUAAUUUCACGACUUUGAUAGGCCAAGGCGCAUUUGGCCCCGUGUACAAAGCUCAAAUGUCUACCGGUGAGACUGUUGCUGUCAAAGUUCUUGCCACUGAUUCUAAACAGGGCGAGAAAGAGUUUCAGACAGAGGUUAUGUUAUUGGGAAGGUUGCAUCACCGUAACCUUGUCAACUUGGUCGGCUAUUGCGCAGAGAAAGGCCAACACAUGCUUAUAUAUGUCUACAUGAGUAAAGGAAGCUUAGCUUCUCACUUGUACAGCGAAAAACAUAAACCGCUGAGCUGGGAUUUGAGAAUAUAUAUUGCUUUAGACGUGGCACGUGGUCUAGAGUAUCUCCAUGACGGGGCUGUUCCUCCUGUAAUCCACAGAGAUAUCAAAUCUUCCAACAUUUUGUUAGAUCAAUCCAUGCGAGCUCGGGUUGCUGACUUUGGCCUGUCUAGAGAAGAAAUGGUAAACAAACAUGCUGCUAACGUCAGAGGAACGUUUGGUUACCUCGAUCCAGAGUACAUCUCCACAAGAACAUUCACCAAGAAAAGCGACGUUUAUGGUUUCGGGGUUUUGCUUUUCGAGCUUAUAGCUGCAAGAAAUCCUCAACAAGGUCUAAUGGAAUAUGUUGAGCUGGCGGCGAUGAAUGCAGAGGAGAAAGUUGGGUGGGAAGAGAUUGUGGAUUCGAGAUUAGAUGGGAGGUUUGAUUUACAAGAAGUGAAUGAAGUGGCAGCUCUGGCAUAUAAAUGCAUCUCUCGUGCACCGAGGAAACGUCCCAACAUGAGGGAUGUUGUUCAGGUUUUGGCACGUGUUGUCAAGGUGAGACAUUCCAGAAAACGUCAGAAGAUGUCUCCCUCGCCUUCUCCGUGUCUUCCUACGGUGGAGUCAAGUGGUGAGCAGACCGGAAAUAGAUCGGUACGGUCGGAAAAUUAUAGGAGAGAUAAUUCCAUGGAGAGUAGUAUAGUUGAAGAGUAGUGAUGUAAUUGUUGAAACAAAGAGUGAUGAAGUUUAUUAUAAGUAUUGACAUAUUUUUUAAUUGAAUAUUUUUUUUUUUAAGAGGGCUUUAGGAUGAUUUGUAGAUUUUGUCAGCAAGGAGUACACAGAUGUUGAUGUUUAUUACAUUUGGUUUAUCAGGGGUUGUCUCUGUCUUUCUCUUGU